GGAGGGAGAUGGGUUGCUAUCCCCUGCGCGUGAUCGUCUCCAAAGCGCUUGGGAAAUGCAACGGGCGCGAGCGAUGGAUGGAGGACCAGAGGAUGGACUACGCCAUGGCCUACCCUCCCGGCCCACACCCAGAGUACAUGCGGCCCGUGGCGCGCACCGUCACCUUCAGCGGCACCAACUCCGUGCACAUGAUCCCGCCAAACCCCCCGCCACCGCAGCAGCAGCAACACCCAGAGCCCCAGCCCCAAGCGCCACCGCCCCAACAGCAAGCACCGCCGCCCCAGCACGAGCCCCAGCCGCAACCCGAGCAGCCCGCGCCCGCGCCGGAGCAAGGCGCGCCGCCGCCCGAGCAGCAGCCGAGGCAGCCCAAGCGAGGCAAGAAGAAGCCGCCCCGCCGCGUCCGGUUCGGCCCCGAGCCACCGCCACCGCAGCAGCAGCAACAACAACAACAGCAAGAACACCAGGAGCAACAGCAGCAGCAGCAACAACAACAGCAGCCGGAGCACGCGCAGAACGGCAACCCGUGCAGCGGCGCGCCGGCGGGACACCAGGUCCAGCAGGGCCACGGGCCGCCGGGGUACCUGAGGUACACGCCGUCGCCGCUGCCGAGGUGGGAGGCCACGCCGAGGCGGCACGAGUACUUCUCCGGGGAGUACCGGUACAGCUACCCGACGCCGGUGCGCGAGGGCAUCUACCGCAUGGCCACCGACGCCAACCGGCUCACCACCAUCUUCAGCGAGGAGAACCCCAACGCCUGCGCCAUCGUCUGACUCUGACUCUGACCCUGAGUGCUUGAGUGGGCCGGCCAGCGAGGAACGAGGUUCUUGCGUCGCGCCGUACUUCCAUUAGCUCUUUGCACUGCCUAGUUGGACGGAGGAGAAUCCGGUUCCCUUCUCGUAGGGGGAAUAGUUGGGUGGUAUGACACGAUGAGAUGAACAUUCGGGUUGUUUGGAUUCGGCUCGUACGAUAAUACUUUCCUGAUGCUCUUUU